GCAGGCCCCAGACAGCAUGCCACCCCUGCCGGGGGGCACACACAGGUGUUUCCAUGCUGUCCUCCUCCUGGCCCUGACCAUGCUCCUUCUGGCUGGUAUCCUGCACAUGGACGUGGGGCUGUUCAUACCCCUGCUCCGGAGCCAGGCCGAGGGGCCGCCCAUUGUCAAUGUCAUGUUCCUCAAGACGCACAAGACGGCCAGCAGCACUGUGCUCAACAUCCUCUUCCGCUUCGCUGAGACGCACAACUUGUCCGUGGCCCUGCCCGCAGGCUCCAGCUUCCACCUGGGCUAUCCCUGGCUCUUCCUGGCACGCUACGUGGAGGGCUCAGAGUCCCAAGGCCCGCAGCAGCGUUUCAACAUCAUGGGCAACCACCUGAGGUUCAACCUGCCUGAGGUGCAGAAAGUCAUGCCCAACGACACUUUCUACUUUUCCAUCAUCAGAAACCCCGUCUUCCAGCUGGAGUCCGCCUUCACGUACUACAAAGACUACGUCCCUGCGUUCAGGGAUGCGGAGAGCCUGGAUGCCUUCCUGGCCUCCCCGUGGACCUACUACAACCAGAGUGUGGGCCUGCCCAACGCCUUUGCCAGAAACAACAUGUGGUUCGACCUGGGCUUCGACAACGACGCGCGCGCCGACGACGAGGGCUACGUGCGCGCGCGCCUGGCCGACGUGGAACGGCAAUUCCAGCUGGUGCUCAUCGCCGAGCACUUCGACGAGUCUAUGGUGCUGCUGCGGCGCGCGCUGCGCUGGCGGCUGGACGACGUGGUGACCUUCCGGCUCAACUCGCGGAGCGCGCGCAACGUGGUCCCCCUGACGGCUGUGGGCAGGGAGCGCGCGCAGCGCUGGUGCGCCCUGGACUGGCAGCUCUAUCAGCACUUCAACCGCAGCUUCUGGGUUCGCGCGCACGCCGAGCUGGGCCCGCGGCUGCUGCGCGCCGAAGUGGCGCGGCUGCGGGCGCGGCGGCGGGAGCUCAGGGAGCGGUGUCUGCAGGACGGUGCGGCCAAGAACCAGUCACAGAUCGCCGACCCUCAGCUGCGCCCCUUCCAGUCGGGCCAGGCCGACAUCCUGGGCUACAACCUCAGGCAGGGCCUGGAUGAGCAGACACAGCGGAUGUGUGAGAGGAUGGUCACUCCCGAGCUUCAGUAUAUGGCCCGCUUGUACGCCCUGCAGUUCCCGGAAAAGCAACCCAAACGCCUCCACUUCCUGGAGUAGGGGGCAGCGCCAGGGACAGGGCACGAGUCCCAGCCCUUCUCCUGUCAUCCCUGGGAGACCAGGGUACCGAUUGGUGAGGAGGGGGUCUCUUGGGGCAGCUGUGCCUCGGGGUGAAGAUCCCACUAAAGGCACCCUCUCGGGAUCCAUCCUCUUGGAGGCGCCACUGCCGUGAGGGUCCCACUUUGGGACCUGAGGGUUUGAACCUGGUUAACAGGUAGAAAAACCUUACAAGAUAGGAAAGUGAGUGACACUAAAUUACAAGUUGACAUACUGCCCCUCGAGAGGACACAUGUGGGCACAUCGACCAUCACAAGAACUCGAGCGCAGGGGGUCAGGAAAAGCUCGGGCAGCGGGUCUGGGAGUCUCUGAAGGAGCCCUGGCGGCUCCCCAGAUCUGCUGGCUGUGGGACAUGGGGCUGGUCACAGAGAGGGUUGUGUGAUGCCCACAGGGAGCUCUGGGAAGCUGGCUCAAGGCAGCAAGGAUCUGAAAUGUCCAGCUUCCCAUCUGUGGCUGGAUGAGGCAUCUUUGCAAGUAAAGAAUGGCUUUAGGUUGAGAAAAGUUGAAACUGCUUAUGAGACAAAUGGUUUAGCCAGAGCUCAAGGUGAGAAUUAGGGCCCCAGCCCCCUGUCCAGAUGGCCCCCUUGGAAUGUGGGCUGUCUGACCUGCUGGAGGAGCUCCUGCGGCUUAUAGCACACUCCGUUGUCCUGGAGGGCACCCUGGAUGCAGUCCCAGAGGAGGGUGGUCGCAUGGCUGACGGCAUUUGGAGAGCCUCCUCAGAGGGCAGUAUCCAGGCACCCAUUUGUCAAUUGUUGGGAGGGACGGAGGGCCCCCUGUCUCGAAGGAUGCAAUCCCGGGUGCCUGGGGGCCUGGAGGUUAGAGUGGGGUGCACACCAGUGCUGUAGACUCCAUGUCCUGAGGAAAGUAGGGGGUCUGGGCACUCACGGAACAGAGCUGCUCUUACAUGUGAAGCCUAAAGGCUCAGCUGGCCCAUCUGCCUGGCACCCGGUCCAUCCUCCUUCCUCAUAAGGUUCUCGGGCCUGACGACCCCAGGAGCUUGGCCGGGGCACCUGAGGAGGGGCUCCAUGUAUGGCAUGGCUACCCUUCUCGGGGAUCUACCUGUCAAGGAACCUGCCAGCAAUCAGAAGAGACAGCUCCCUGGGACACCAGUGUCAUGGAGGGAAAUUUUAAGAAGAAUGAAUUUUCAGUGAGAUUAGAGGACAUAUUGUCGAGAUUUUGAAAGGAAAAGAGGAUAUUGGAAACUGAAAACGUGACUUUCAAAGCACCACACCGAGACAGAAGAGAACAGAACGGGUAGGGCGGAAUCAGGGGUGGCGGGGACACCACCCUGAGGAUUGUCGUCCUCCACCCAGAGGAGAUCGUGGAGGCCUGACCUGAGGGACAGCGAAGAAAGCAAUCAGAUGCAGAAGAGCCAUGAGGCGGAUAAUGGAGAGCCUGAUGGAGGGUCAGGGUUAUCAGUAAGAAGCUACAGCCAAAGAAAGAAAUGAAAAUAUGGCCCUGGUUGGAAGGAAGUAUCCAGGCAAAUGUGGUGCCCUGAGCAUCAGGCGGGCCCCCCCGAGCCACAGAGCUCCCUGCAUGGGUCAGCCUGGCCAGCCUGCCAGCGUGGGGUAAGGGAGACAGGUGGCUGCUUCUGUCCCUGCCGCCCCAGAAGGGGGUCUGUUCUCAGCGACACACGGAUCGGGACCACGACGUUCCAGUAGAAAUCCAAGGGUGUUUGCUUUUGCCUUCAUGGCUGGAGGAAACAUAAAUCAGUUCUGUCUCUUUGGAAGGAAUUUCAGGGUUAUUUAUUCAAAGUGAAGUAUAUGCAGAUUGGAAGAGACAGCUUGGAAAACAGCCAGCAAGGGAACUCCCUUCAGAAGGGAGGUUUCAAAUCAAGUUGUUUGCAGCAGCUAAAAUGGUAGCGUUGGGAGCACAGGGUCUGCAGAAACUCCUCUAAGGUGGGGGGAUUUCGGAGCCUUGGUGAUGCUGGA